GUGGUUCUCCUGGGGAUCGACAUCCUUUCCGCACUAGUGUCCCGCUUGCAAGAUCGCUUCAAGGCCCAGAUCGGCACAGUGCUGCCAAGUUUACUUGAUAGAUUGGGAGACUCUAAGGACUCAGUGAGGGAGCAGGAUCAGACCUUGCUGCUAAAAAUCAUGGAACAAGCUGCUAACCCUCAGUAUGUGUGGGACAGGAUGCUAGGAGGAUUCAAACACAAGAAUUUCCGGACAAGAGAAGGGAUUUGCCUCUGCCUUAUUGCAACACUCAAUGCAUCUGGAGCUCAGAGUUUAACACUGAGUAAGAUAGUGCCACAUAUAUGUAACUUACUUGGAGAUCCAAACAGCCAGGUUCGAGAUGCAGCAAUAAACAGCCUUGUGGAAAUUUACAGACAUGUUGGUGAACGUGUAAGGGCUGAUCUCAGUAAAAAAGGAUUACCCCAAUCUCGGUUGAAUGUAAUUUUUACGAAAUUCGAUGAGGUCCAAAAAUCUGGAAACAUGAUCCAGAGUUCAGGUG